AUGGAUUCAACACCGGUUCCAUUCCCAGGGAAAUUACCCUCACAGUUCGAAUUUUACGAUAAAUUCGACUUGGGAGCAAAAAAAUAUGCAGAUGUUUGCAUGAGCAGUGUAGACGGGACUCUGGGAUCAAUCAGUGAUACCGACCUCAAAAGUAUAAUUCAAGGAGCAUGGUACUAUAUGUGCGUAAUGUAUAAUGGAAGGAGUAGUGUGCAGAAUACUGUUCCCUGCUCCUUCCUGUACUUCUGGAUUGGGAGUAAAUUAUUCGAGAAUCCUGCGGAAACCAACUUCAAGCAUAUCUUAUUUAAUAUUUGCAAAAGUAUAAAUAAUAUAUAUGGGAAUGAGGAAUGUAAAGAAAUAUGCGAUCUUAUUGACGGAAAUGUACUCAAACAGAGAAAAAUAAUAUUCGAUUUCUGGUAUGACUAUGAUUCUAUACAAACUCUGUUAGAGCACAGUGGUCCUGGAGGAUAUGAAAAAUAUCAAAGUUUUCUGCAGGGCGUCCGUACAGCAUAUAGUGCUGUAGAGGGAAGUUGUACGAACAAGGGACCUUAUGAUUACUGUAAAAAGUUUUGGCCAAAAAAUAGUAAGCACAUUCACGACAAACUAUCACAAUUGGAAACUGAAAUAAGCACUGCACAGGGACGUAUAGUGUCCGAAGCACAAUUAGCAAACUCCAAAUUAAACGAAGCGGUCCGCAAUGCCAAAACGACAUCUUCCAUCACCUCCAUAUUUGGUACAUUAGCAGCAACGGCUUUUCCUUUCUUUUUAUAUAAGUAUAAACCAUGGUCUUCUUGGUUUGGUAAUCACACUUUUGGAAAUGGAGGAGGAAGAAGAAGCACAAGAAGGAAAAGAUCAACCACACGAAACCUUGAUACGUUCACAGAAAACAGCUCAACAUAUGAUUCAACAACUGAAUCAACAAUAGCAGAUUCCACAGCAGAAGAUUCUACCACACUACGUUCUGCCGCGUAUUCUGCACAACCCAGAGGAAGAACGAAUAAUGCGGGGGGUCGAGGGAUGUGCUCAAGUUUUUGUGUAAUCAAAAUAAGUCAGGAAAAAUUCUUUCCACUUUAUUUUGACCUGUUGGCAAACUUUUAA